UGCAGCGUAGUUCCGCAGCGUGCAGCUCCUCCACGCCAGACGGAGGAAAGUGAUUUAUGGACAUUGAGUUGACAAGCGGCCGCCGGCAGGGUCAGUGUUGGUUGCUCUCUUCAGGCACAUUUUGUUCCUUUGCAGUUAAAACAGGCAGAAGAAGGAGAAUUACAACGCCAUGGCUCCUACAAUAUAUGAGAGCUCAACAACAAAAGGUAGUGGCCCUAGCAGACCUGCCCUAGAGGCUGAGCUCAGGGAGCUGUUGGGGAAGAGGAUCAUGAUACUAGAUGGAGGGAUGGGCACCAUGAUCCAGGAGAGGCGAUUGGAGGAGGAACACUUCAGGGGGGAGGAGUUUAAAGACCACACCCACAGCCUGAAGGGCAACAACGACCUGCUGAGCAUCACACAGAGUGAUGUCAUCUACAAUAUACACAAGGAAUACCUGCUGGCCGGGGCAGACAUCAUUGAGACCAACACUUUCAGUAGCACCUGUAUCGCCCAAGCCGACUACGGACUGGGACACUUGGCCUAUCGUAUGAACAAGGUAUCAGCAGAGGAUGUGUAUUUCCGUGUUUGUACCUCACAAACCUUUGUUUUUUUAUUACCAGGUUGUAAGAGAUACGUGGCAGGGGCCGUGGGCCCCACCAAUAAAACCCUGUCUGUGUCUCCCUCAGUGGAAAGACCAGACUUCAGGAACGUCACCUUUGAUGAGCUGGCUGAGGCCUAUCGAGAGCAGGUCCGGGGUCUGUUGGAUGGAGGAGCGGAUAUUAUCAUGGUGGAGACCAUCUUUGACACGGCCAACGCCAAGGCAGCACUGUUUGCUAUCGACAAACUGUUUGAAGAGAGCUACGAACCCAGACCUAUAUUUAUAUCAGGCACCAUCGUGGACAGGAGUGGUCGUACUCUCUCAGGACAGACAGGAGAGGCCUUCGUCAUCAGUGUGUCCCAUGCCAAACCCCUCUGUAUUGGUCUUAACUGUGCCUUAGGAGCCACUGAGAUGAGGCUUAUUCAGGCUAUUGGGAAAUGCACAACGGCUCACGUCUUAUGCUACCCCAAUGCAGGUCUCCCCAAUACGUUCGGUGGAUACGAUGAGACCCCGGAGUUGACAGCCUCACAUUUAAAGGACUUUGCUACAGAUGGUCUGGUGAAUCUGGUUGGUGGAUGCUGUGGAACGACUCCUGCACACAUCAGGGCCAUUGCUGAGAAAGUGAAGCACUGCCAUCCCAGAGUGCCCCCUACUGACGUCUUUCAGGACUACAUGCUACUCGCAGGUCUGGAGCCAUUCAGGAUUGGUCCGUACACUAAUUUCGUCAACAUCGGCGAGCGUUGUAACGUGGCUGGAUCAAGGAAGUUCGCCAAGCUGAUCAUGUCGGGAAACUACGAGGAGGCGUUGAGCAUAGCCAAGACCCAGGUGGAGAUGGGAGCCCAGGUGUUGGACAUCAACAUGGACGAGGGGAUGUUGGAGGGUCCUGCCGCCAUGGCCCGGUUCUGCUGUCUCAUAUCCUCCGAGCCUGACAUCGCCAGGGUACCUCUGUGUAUAGACUCGUCGAACUUCGAGGUGAUCAAGGCGGGGCUGAAGUGUUGUCAGGGGAAGUGUAUUGUGAACAGCAUCAGUCUGAAGGAAGGAGAAGAGGAGUUUCUCCAGAGAGCUACGACUGUCAGACGCUACGGGGCUGCCGUGGUGGUUAUGGCCUUCGACGAGGAGGGCUACACCGAGACAGAGCGCAAGUUUGUCGACAUCUGCAGCAGAGCCUAUCGCCUCCUGGUAACUCAAGUGGGCUUUGACCCCAACGACAUCAUCUUUGACCCCAACAUCCUGACCAUCGGCACGGGCAUGGAGGAACACAGCGAGUACGCCAUCAACUUCAUCAGAGCCACCAGGCUCAUUAAGGAGUUGUUGCCUGGGGCCAGGAUCAGUGGAGGCCUGUCCAACCUGUCCUUCUCCUUCAGAGGCAUGGAGGUCAUCAGAGAGGCCAUGCAUGGAGCCUUCCUCUACCACGCCAUCAAGGACGGUAUGGACAUGGGCAUAGUGAACGCUGGCAGCCUGCCUGUCUAUGAUGAUAUCGACAAGGAGCUCCUGCUUAUGUGUGAGAACCUUAUCUGGAACAAAGACCCGGAGGCCACAGAGAAACUACUGCUGUACGCACAGAGCUGUGCCAAAGGAGGGAAGAAGGUGGUCCAGACAGAUGAGUGGCGAGAGGGAACAGUGGAGGAGAGGCUGGAGUAUGGGCUCAUCAAGGGUAUAGAUAAGUAUGUGGUAGAGGACACAGAGGAGGCGAGGUCCCAGGCUGAACUCUAUCCGAGGCCCCUACACGUCAUCGAGGGGCCCCUGAUGAACGGCAUGAAGGUGGUGGGAGACCUGUUUGGAGCUGGGAAGAUGUUCCUACCUCAGGUGAUAAAGUCAGCACGUGUGAUGAAGAAGGCUGUCGCCCACCUGAUCCCCUUCAUGGAGAAGGAGAGAGAGGCCAUGCUACUGGCAUCAGGAUCAGUAGAGGAGAUUGACCCCUACCAGGGCACCAUAGUGUUGGCCACAGUGAAGGGAGACGUCCACGACAUCGGAAAGAACAUUGUAGGAGUGGUGCUGGGCUGCAACAACUUCAGAGUGAUCGAUCUGGGGGUCAUGAUUCCAUGCGACAGGAUAUUGAGGGAAGCCAUCGACUGCAAAGCAGACAUCAUCGGUCUGUCUGGCCUCAUCACGCCCUCGCUGGAUGAGAUGAUCUACGUUGCCAAGGAGAUGGAGCGGCUUGGGAUGAAGACCCCACUGCUGAUCGGAGGGGCCACCACCUCCAAGACCCACACGGCAGUGAAGAUCGCUCCCCGUUACAGCUGUCCUGUGGUGCAUGUUCUGGAUGCUUCCAGGAGUGUGGUGGUGUGUUCCCAGCUGUUAGAUGAGAAUGUGAAGGAGGAGUUCUUUGAGGAGACGACAGAGGAGUACGAAGACAUCAGACAAGACCACUACGACUCUCUAAAGGAGAGGCGCUUCCUGUCUCUAGCCCAGGCCAGGGAGAAAGGACUCCAUGUGGAUUGGCUUUCUCAGACCAGACCAGUGUGUCCUCAGUUCCUGGGUACCCGUGUGUUUGAGGGGUAUGACCUGCGGAGGCUGGUGGACUAUAUUGACUGGAAGCCUUUCUUUGACGUGUGGCAGCUGAGAGGGAAGUACCCUAACAGAGGGUACCCCAAGAUCUUCAAGGACAAAACCGUGGGUGAG